UUGACAGAAGUAAAGUCGCGUGCGUGCUUGUGUCCGCGCGUUUCCGACAGAAGUUCAGAUUGUGUGUGCUAAAAUGUUUGCUAAACUUUCUAUUUCGUUAUUUCUACUCGUUUUCUGCGCCGAUCAAUGCCUCGCUCAGAAGAAGAAAGAGACUCUGCUGUCAGAGAAGGUCACUCAGAUGAUGGACUGGGCCUCCAAGCGUUCAGUCAUCAGGAUGAACGGAGAGAAGUUUCGUAGAUUAGUCAGAGCUCCUCCCAGGAACUACUCGGUGUUCAUCAUGUUCACAGCGCUGCAGCCACAGAGACAGUGCGGGGUUUGCAGACAAGCUGAUGAUGAGUUCCAGGUACUGGCUAACUCCUGGCGUUAUUCCUCUGCCUUUACCAACAAAAUCUUCUUUGCGUCGGUGGACUUUGAUGAAGGAUCUGACAUUUUCCAAAUGCUCAACAUGAAUUCAGCGCCCACCUUCCUUCACUUCCCGCCUAAAGGAAAACCGCUGCGCUCCGACACCUACGAGCUGCAGGUCCGAGGCUUUUCAGCUGAGCAGCUCGCCAGGUGGGUGGCAGACAGGACAGACGUACAGAUCCGCGUCAUCCGUCCACCCAACUACGCUGGGCCUCUCCUGCUGGGCCUCCUCCUGGCUUUGAUUGGAGGACUGGCGUAUCUGCGACGGCACAACUUGGAGUUUCUGUUCAGCAAGAACGUUUGGGCCUUCUCUGCAGUGUGCUUCACCCUGAUCAUGACAUCAGGCCAGAUGUGGAACCACAUCCGAGGGCCCCCGUAUGCACACAAGAACCCCAGCACGGGACAAGUGAGUUACAUCCACGGCAGCAGCCAGGCCCAGUUCGUGGCAGAGACACACAUCGUCCUGCUCUUCAAUGGUGCUGUGUCCAUGGGAAUAGUUCUGCUGUGUGAAGCUGCUACUUCUGACAUGGACAUUGGGAAGAGGAGGAUUAUGUGUAUAGCAGGUAUCUCUCUGGUGAUGCUGUUCUUCAGCUGGCUGCUGUCCAUUUUCAGAGCCAAGUACCAUGGGUACCCAUACAGCUUCCUGAUCAGUUAAUGCCUGCAGUCCAACUGAUCCCAGCAUCAUCAGCGUACCGUGCUGUUUGUUCAGCACCUUCCCAUCCAUGUGCUAAAUUAUAAAUGGUGCUGCCGAGGCUUUUAUCAGACCUCCUGUGUCUGGACCUUUGACUGAAUGUUUGUCUGAGCUUCUGCUGGGAGUCUAAAGAAGAAGAAACAUUUUCUGCAGUAAAUGUUGCUUCAGCAGCACAAACCGCAGAUAGAUAAAAACAAUGUACCACAAUUAACUGUCAACAUCAAAAUGUGGGUGGAAAAGGUGAAACACCCACACCUGCCUCCACCCUCAUU